AUGGGCGCGCGCGCGAGCGCGAACGCGGCGCGCGCGGACGCCGCGACGCUCGUCGAGGCGCUGGCGCUGACGCGUCGGGAACUCGCCGAGGCGUCGGCGGCGAGAGCGACGGACGCGGCGGCGACGACGGCGGCGAGGGAGACGCUGCGGCGCGAGCUCGAGGCGGCGAGAGAGGGGCGCGCGACGGAGGGGGAGCUGGCGGACGCGCGCGCGGCGUUGGACGACGCGCGAGAGGCGGCGCGCGGUGCGACGAUCGAGACCGAACGGUUGGCGCGCGAGUGCGAGGAGAAGAGGCGGGAAUUGCGAGCGCUGGAGCGGGAGAUCGAGCGCGCGGCCGCCGUCGUCAAAGAUAAUUUGGCGCGGGAGUUGGCGCGAGCGCGAAGCGCGCGCGACGCGCCGAGCAAAGUCGUCGCGGUGGCAGAAAAGACGGCGCAAAAGGCUGAGAUCGAGGCCGAGGCGCGACUCGCUUUUGAGCGCGCGGCGGAAGCGCGGUUUCGAGCGGAACUCGAAGCCGAGCGCGCGCGGUACGAAUCCAACCUCGACGAGUUGCGAUCGAAGCUGGCAAACGCGGCGACGGCAAAAGAUGACGCCGAAAGCGAAGCAGCGUCCUUAAGACGUCGAUGUGACGCGCUGGACGAGAGGCUGGCGCGUGAUCGCAUGGCGUUGCUCGACGCGACGUCGGCGCUCGAGACGCGCGGGCAGCUCAUCGCGACGCUGCGCCGACGUAUAGAAUCUUUAGAAGCACGCGAGAGCGAGGCGCGUAUGGAGCUGAAGCUUCACGCGAAGAAGGAUAGAAAGGUCAAGUUUGACGGCAUUCGACAGCAUGAAUUCGGCGCACCGGUUGCUCGCGUCGAGGCGACGGCGGUGGCGAAAUCAAACGUCGAGGCGACGGCGGUGGCGAAAUCAAACGUUGACGAGCAGACGCCGCAGUCUUCCAGCACUCGACGCGCGGCUUUACAAGAGAUCCGUCGCGAGCUCGCCGAUCUUAGCCAGUGA